ACAGAAAGAUUUUCGCUCUGAUCCAUUAACAUAGAUCAGAAAAGGACAGUGAAAAUAGGCUCGAUUGAAUCGAAGCGUCAACUAGUAUUUGCUCACUGUUUCUGAGGAUACCCUUUACGGAAUAUUCUUGUGGAUUGUAUUAUUCGUUGGCUAUGGAAUUUGAAGGAUUCAUUCAACCCAAAUGCGUAAGAUGGCGUUUUAGUGGACUACGGUGGCAGGUACUAAUUUUUCUCCUCUAUCUCAGUCAUAUUGCCAGUGGACAAAUCCGGUAUUCCAUUCCCGAGGAGAUGAAGAAAGGCUCUCUUAUCGGUAACGUAGCUCAAGACCUGGGGUUAGAUUUGAAACGGCUCCGAGCGGGCCGGGCCCGUAUCGUGACCGGAGAAAGCAUUCAGUACACAGAGCUGAAGACAGACAAAGGGAUUCUAGUCGUGAGUGAGAGAAUAGACCGAGAGCAGCUUUGUGGCGACGUCACACCGUGUAGCUUCAGCUUCGAAAUUAUUCUGGAAAAUCCAAUCGAAUUACAUCGUGUUACAGUUGAAAUUGUGGAUGUAAAUGACCAUUCACCUAUUUUUAAGAAUAAUCAUAUCAAAUUUGAAAUCAGCGAAUCUGCUACUCUUGGCUCUCGUUUUGUGCUGGAGAGUGCAAAGGAUCCCGAUGUGGGAGUUAAUGGUCUACAGGAGUAUGUUUUAACUCAAAAUGACAAUUUCGUUCUGAAACAACAUUCGAAUCCUGAUGGAAGUAAAUUUGCAGAAAUGAUUUUACAAAAGCCUUUGGAUAGAGAAGAGAAUCCUCAUCUCUCUUUAAAGCUAAUCGCUGUAGACGGUGGGAAUCCGCAGAGAUCUGGCACAGUAAAUAUAGAGAUCACUGUCCUAGAUGCCAAUGAUAAUGCCCCUGUGUUUAACCAGUCAGUGUACAGGGCUACUGUGAUGGAAAACGCACCGAAAGGAACCUAUAUUACAACCGUUAAUGCUAGUGAUGCAGACAGUGGUUCCAAUGGUAUAGUGAUGUAUUAUUUUUCGAAUUUGAAAGAAAACUUGGCAGAUAUAUUUGACAUUGAUGAGACAACUGGCAAGAUAUCUGUUGUUGGACAAAUCGAUUUUGAAAAAGAUAAGAAAUAUGACAUUAGAGUUGAGGCCAAAGACCAAGGUGGUUUGACAGACCUCGGCAAAGUUGUCAUAGAAAUAGUUGACAUAAAUGACAAUGCCCCAGUUAUAAACAUCAUGUCUUUCACUAGCCCUGUGUCUGAAGAUGCUGCUGCUGGAACCACGAUUGCCGUUGUAAACGUUAAAGAUGCCGAUUCAGAGAGAAACGGACAGAUUACAUGCUCUGUAGAUACGAACUCGUUCAAGAUCAAAUCUUCUUUAAGUAGUUAUUAUACGUUGAUCUCAGAUGUAGCUUUUGACAGAGAAACAACACCAGAAUACAACAUAACUAUAACAGCGACAGAUUCUGGCUCGCCUCCUCUCUCAAGCGCCAGGACACUACACCUUAGAAUCUCUGACGUAAAUGACAAUGCUCCAUUGUUUCAUCAGAGCUCAUACUCUGCUUACGUCACAGAGAAUAACUCUCCUGGAAUGUCCAUAUUUACUGUCAGCGCGCGGGACUAUGACUGGAAUCAGAACGCGAGAAUCUCGUACCUCCUGGAGGACACGCAGAUCAGUGGAACUCCAGUAUCCACUUACAUAUCCAUUAACUCUGAAACCGGAGUUUUACAUGCUGUGCGCUCCUUUGAUUACGAACAAAUCAAGCAACUUAAACUCGUGGUAAAGGCACAAGACGGAGGCUCUCCUCCUCUCAGUAGCAAUGCGACGGUGAAAAUAAUGAUCCAGGACCAGAAUGACAACGCGCCUCAGGUUCUGUACCCAGUCCAGACUAGCAGCUCUCUGGUCGCUGAAAUGGUGCCUCGUUCAGCAGAUGUUGGAUAUCUUGUCACUAAAGUGGUGGCUGUUGAUGUGGACUCUGGACAGAAUUCCUGGCUCUCAUAUAAACUGCAGAAAGCGACAGACAGGGCGCUAUUUGAAGUGGGCUUACAGAAUGGAGAAAUAAGAACUAUACGACAAGUCAAUGAUAAAGAUGCUGUGAAACAAAGGCUCACUGUCGUAGUGGAGGACAACGGGCAGCCCUCUCGUUCAGCUACAGUCAAUGUUAACGUGGCGGUGGCGGACAGCUUCCCUGAAGUGCUCUCGGAGUUCACUGACUUUACGCACGACAGGGAGUACAAUGACAACCUGACUUUUUACUUAGUCUUGGCUUUGGCUGUAGUCUCAUUUCUGUUCAUCACAUGUUUAGUGGUUAUUAUAUCAGUGAAAAUAUACAGAUGGAGACAGUCUCGCAUCCUCUAUCAUUCCAAUCUCCCGGUUAUUCCGUAUUAUCCACCACGUUACGCAGACACUUUGGGGACAGGAACUCUACAGCACGUGUACAAUUACGAGGUGUGCAGGACGACUGACUCCAGAAAGAGUGACUGUCAGUUCGCCAGACCCUGUAGUCAGAACGUACUGAUAAUGGACCCCAGUUCUACAGGGACGAUGCAGCGGAUGCAGAACGAACAGAACAUCAUGGAUGAACCAGACUCCCCACUAGAGGUGAGUUAA